UUUGGUGGCGCAGCACCGUCACCGCACAGCAAGAGGCAUUAAUGGCAAUUAAUGGUAUGAGGAAGUCUUGCGAGAAUUUACUUUCAUUGUCAUUGACCAAAUACUUCCUGGCAAACCUGUAUGACCACAGUAGAUACUGUACACCACUGUCCUUCCUAUACCGGAGCGCCACAGGAUCAACUCAUGAAACAUGCACACCGCAGUUGUCUAAUGAGCGUAAAAAGACCAUUGCCCGCGUCACACCUUGGAUCCCACUGUCGAAUCUGAAGGAAAGAACUUGAGGAGGGCUGUAGAUUACCAUACAAGAAAAUUGAGAUGUCUGCGAACAAAGGCAAAGGGACAGGGCAAGUCACAAGCUACUCGGACUGGAUGUCACAGCUGCCAGCUGAGCUUCACAACGUUCCUCUCUUUAAUCUGGCCAUACCAGGAAGCCAUGACUCAAUGAGCUAUGAUUUGGACAUCAACUCCUCUAUCAUAGAGCCUGAUAGACUGAAGAGCUUUAGCGAGAUUUAUUGCGUACGUAAAAUUGUGCACACGUGGGCAGCAACUCAGGAGGAGCCCAUCGUAAAGCAAUUGGAUGCAGGAGUUCGCUACUUUGACCUGAGGAUUGCUUGCAAGCCAAACAACACCGACCCUGCGAGGCUUUGCUUUUACCAUGGGCUGUACACGCGGACGGAUGUGGAGACAGUUCUCAAGGUGAUAAACGACUGGGCAGAGAGGCACCCCAAAGAGAUCCUCAUCCUGGCCUUGUCGCAUUUUAAAGGAUUUGAGAGGAACAUUGAAGAGCAGCUACACAUCCAUCUCAUCAAUCUCAUCAAGACCUUGUUUGGAGCCAGACUCCUUCACAGAGUGGUUAAGACUUCGGACAUCCCCACUCUGAAGAGCUGCUGGGACCAAGGCAGAAACGUCAUAGUUUCAUAUGAUUAUCCUGCAAAUCAGCACCCUGAGAUGUGGGGUAAAAUACCUUAUUACUAUGGCGACAGUAUGGACCCUGGAAAAGUUGAAACGGAACUCCGCCGGGUUUUGGAAACAGCCAGGCCUUGUCAGUGUUUCUUCGUAUGUGGCUUGAACCUGACCCUGCCGGAAGACGCUGGCAUACUCAGGUACAUCUUUCGCCCCCGGGAAAACUUCGCCAGCGUGAUACUGAGGAGUCUGCCCGAGCUGCUGCAGUGGAUGGAGAACGAUGGCAAAACGGCUAACAUCGUCGCCUCGGAUGUGGUGACCCGUGACGACUUUGUCCAGACCGUUGUCCAGCUUAAUUUUUCAAGACAAGUGAAAACAUAGGGCGGAAUGUAACUUCUUUCGAUCAUCCAAUUAAAACGAAUUGUCUUUUCA